AUGGCUUCCAUCAGAGUCUUUCGGACUCUGGCCAAAGCGCCCACCUUUCUCGCUCCCCUGCCUCCUGCCACUAGAACUCUCCUUCGAAGAAAUCCUCUACCAAAGCGGGCUUUUGUCACUACGACACGGCGGCGAUAUGCGGAGCCGUACAUGCCCGAAGAUUUCGACGCAACAUCUCUCACUCCCACUCCCAUCACUCAUUUCUCCGAAACCGAAACUAUGCUUGCAGAGUCGGUGUCCAAAUGGGCCAAUGAAGAGGUGGCGCCCAAAGUCCGAGAUAUGGAUGAGGCAGAAAAGAUGGACCCCAUCGUUGUGGAGCAAAUGUUUGAACAAGGUCUCAUGGCGUUUGAAAUUCCUGAGGAAUACGGUGGUGCUGGAAUGAACUUCACCUCUGCCAUCGUUGGAAUCGAAGAACUUGCCCGGGUCGAUCCUUCAGUGUCUGUUCUGUGCGACGUACACAACACGUUGGUGGUGACCGCUAUCCUCAAAUAUGGCAGUGAAGCGUUUAAGAAGGAAUGGCUCCCCAAAUUGGCGACAAACACGGUCGGGUCGUUCUGUUUAUCUGAACCGGGCUCCGGUUCCGAUGCCUUUGCACUCAAGACCAGGGCAGAGAAGACAGCGAACGGAUAUAAGAUCAAUGGAUCUAAGAUGUGGAUCACCAACUCCACGGAGGCCGACUUUUUCCUUGUAUUUGCGAACCUCAACCCCGAAGCUGGCUAUAAGGGUAUCACUGCAUUCGUGGUCACCAAGGAGAUGGAAGGAUUUAGCAUUGCCAAGAAAGAGAAGAAACUGGGAAUCCGUGCCUCGAGUACCUGUGUGAUCAAUUUCGACGAUGUUGAGGUUCCCAAAGAGAACCUCUUGGGUGUCGAGGGUCAUGGCUACAAGUAUGCUAUUGGUCUCCUGAACGAGGGACGGAUAGGUAUUGGAGCACAAAUGACCGGAUUGGCCUUGGGAGCUUGGGAGAAUGCUGCGAAAUACGUUUGGAAUGAUCGAAAACAAUUUGGCAUGCUGGUCGGUGAAUUCCAGGGUAUGCAACAUCAACUGGCUCAGGCAUACACGGAAAUCUGUGCCGCUCGUGCUUUGGUGUAUAAUGCCGCCAGAAAGAAGGAAGCAGGUGAAGACUUCGUCACGGAUGCGGCCAUGGCAAAGCUAUACGCCAGUCAAGUAGCCGGGAGAGUCAGUAGUCUGGCGGUCGAGUGGAUGGGUGGUAUGGGAUUCGUCCGAGAGGGAAUUGCGGAGAAAAUGUUCCGCGAUAGCAAGAUUGGAGCCAUCUAUGAGGGAACGAGCAACAUCCAGCUGACGACGAUAGCGAAAGCUCUCCAGAAGAAGUACACGACAUGA